GGAAGGAAAGAAAAGAAAGAAAAAAAAAAAAAAAAACACUUGAGAUUACAUUGUAGAGAAAAAUAGACUUACCUUGACUUCUGUCCUUCGAUGAAUAUGUUCCAUUCGCGACCGUCUGAACGAAACCGCUUCAGAUAUCUCUAGAAGGUCGACGGAAGGGAUCUUGACGAGGCAGACUCUUCACCCUCGCGCGCUGACCCUCCUUGACCCGCCCUCAGGAUGGUGCGCGUGUCGUGGGGCGGGGAGGUGGUCAUCGCCGACCUCGCCCACGUGGCUGGCGACGGCGGCAACGGGGGCGACGGCACCCACUCCCGCCCACUCGAUGUCACGACCACCUCGCCCACCGCCACGACCACCCCGACGGUCACGCCCACGACCUCCGCCACGCCCUCGGAGACGCCCACGAUCUCCCCGGCGCCCACGGACUCCACCCCGCCCACGAUAUCGCCCUUGCCGCGGGCGCCGACGGCCAUCGUGGAGGCGCUGUCGGACGGGGACGAGAGCGCCGUGUCCACCUCCUUCUCCGACGACCACCGAUCGCUGCGGGACGACCUGCGCGACGACCUGAGCUCCCCGCGGCCGCGCAGCCCCAGGGCCAAGUCGGAGAAGAGCCGCCUCAUUCGCAUGGCCGACGACGACAACAACAACGGCAACUCCAACGGCAACGGCGACGUGACCAUCAGCAGCGACGACUACCGGCGGUUCCUCACCCUCAAGGGCAGCCCGCCCGACGCCAAGACCAAGGCGGACAUCAAGAUCGCCCCGACGGCGCCGCCCGAGGACGACAUCUUGACCUCGAUGGACCGCAUGCUGGCAACCCUCAGCGACCUGGAGGACGACCUCGAACCGAUUGACGGCAUAGACACCGAGUCCGACUCGGACAUCGACGAGGCCGCAGCGAGGAGGGAGCUCCUGACGGAUAAAUGGAGACAAUUAUUCGACAAAGUAAGUAACAUUAUUUGAAUUGAAAAUAUACUUUAGUAUCCCUUUUAAUACAGUCAAAGUUCUCUACGUGCACCAAAGAAAACUAGUUUUAGGGUAAACUUAAACAUAAAUAUUUGAUUAUGAGUC